UUUUUUACUUCUGGUCCGCACAAUUUGCGAUAUGAACCGUGGACUGAACUUACGACAAUACUAUUGUCCUAUUUUUAUUUAUCAAAAUCACUAUACACGCGAUACGAAGUCCAUCUGCUGCAAUAAGUAAUCGCUAAUAUUUUUUAUAUUUUCAUUUAUUUUUAUUUUUUAUCGUUUAUUUCUAUUAUAUUCGUUGUUUGUGUAUUAUCGUUCUCAUUUCGACAUCGGGUUACCGUCAAUCCCCCGUCGUUCGUUGAAUGGUCGUCUUUUCAAACCGCGGUCGAUUAUUGUAACGUCGUCAUCCAACACGACCGCGCAUUCCGUCAAACUAUCGUCAUACCCCUCGCCAUUCACAAAAAAAUUCCAUUAGACUCCGUGCGCGCUCCGCACAAGUCGUCACAUUAUCAGCAGCGACAGCGGGUACGCCUCCCGUCGCAUUUGUGCGUUUUCGGGACGCACUGGACACAAGUGUAAGCAUUCCGCCGUCCUUUUGAGACGACGCUGCUGUAGACGUCGCUCAACCACCAUAUCUUGGUAACGGUACGGUCGUCGAUUAUCAAGAACACAAUCGAAAUGGCGCAAAUUCUACCGAUCAAGUUUCAAGAACACUUGCAGCUUACAAAUGUUGGCAUUAACCAGUCAAACAUCAGUUUUAAUACACUUACCAUGGAAUCAGAUAAAUACAUAUGUGUACGUGAGAAGACUGGUGAUGUUGCUCAAGUUGUUAUUGUUGAUAUGGCUGAUCCACAAAAUCCGAUUAGGCGUCCAAUAUCUGCAGAUUCAGCUAUUAUGAAUCCAGCUAGCAAAGUGAUUGCACUUAAAGGAAAAGCUGGUACUGAAGGAACAGCUGCAUCUCAGCAUUUAAAAUACUUGUUUACGUACAUAAUUUUAAAAAUAAUUGUUGUUUUCUUUUUAGCUCAAAAAACCUUGCAGAUUUUUAAUAUUGAAAUGAAAAGUAAAAUGAAGGCUCAUAUUAUGCAAGAUGAUGUUGUGUUUUGGAAAUGGAUUUCUCCUAACACUUUGGCUCUUGUCACAGAAACAUCUGUAUUCCACUGGAGUAUGGAAGGAGACUCUACUCCUGUUAAAAUGUUUGAUCGACAUUCUACUUUGAAUGGAUGUCAAAUAAUUAACUACAGAACAGAUCAUAAACAGCAAUGGCUUUUACUAAUAGGAAUUUCAGCUCAACAAAAUCGAGUAGUUGGAGCAAUGCAAUUGUAUUCUGUUGAAAAAAGUUGUUCACAACCUAUUGAAGGUCAUGCUGCAUCAUUUGCUCGAUUCCAAAUGGAAGGAAAUAGAGAAAUGUCUACAUUGUUUUGUUUUGCUGCACGUACAGCUGCUGGAGGAAAGUUACAUAUUGUUGAGGUAGUACAAACACCAAGAGGUAAUCAGCCAUUUCCUAAGAAACAGGUAGAAGUUUUCUUCCCUCCAGAAGCACAAAACGAUUUUCCAGUAGCAAUGCAAGUCAGCUCUAAAUUCGAUGUCAUUUAUCUAAUAACUAAAUAUGGCUAUAUUCAUCUGUAUGACAUAGAAACAGCUACUUGCAUUUACAUGAACCGUAUUAGUGGUGAUACGAUUUUUGUGACUGCGCCACAUGAUGCUACUGGUGGUAUAAUUGGUGUUAAUCGUAAAGGACAAGUAUUAUCUGUUAGUGUUGAAGAAGACAACAUAAUACCAUACAUAAAUACUGUACUUCAACACCCAGAACUUGCUUUACGUAUGGCUGUUCGUAAUAAUUUGUCUGGUGCAGAAGAGUUAUUUGUACGCAAGUUCAAUAUGCUUUUUCAAAAUGGACAGUAUUCAGACGCUGCAAAAGUAGCAGCUAAUGCACCUAAAGGUAUUCUUAGGACGCCUUCUACCAUACAAAAAUUCCAACAGGUUCCAACUGCCGCCAAUCAAUCAUCACCUCUUCUUCAGUACUUUGGAAUAUUAUUAGAUCAGGGCAAGUUAAAUAAAUAUGAAUCAUUGGAACUUUGUCGUCCAGUUCUUGCACAAGAUAAACGUCAACUAUUAGAAAAGUGGCUUAAAGAAGAUAAAUUGGAAUGUUCUGAAGAACUGGGAGAUCUGGUCAAGACUGCAGACAUUUCUUUAGCUUUAUCAGUUUAUCUCCGCGCAAACAUUCCUCCUAAGGUUGUUCAAUGUUUUGCUGAAACUGGCCAGUAUCAGAAAAUAAUCUUAUACUCUCAAAAAAUAAGUUAUGUACCAGAUUAUAUACAUCUCUUUAGGAAUGUUGUCUUACGCACUACUCCGGAUCAUGCGGUUGAAUUUGCCCAAAUGUUAUUAUCUGAUGAUGCUGAACCUCUUGCUAAUAUUAACCAAAUAGUGGAUAUAUUUAUUGAACAAAACAUGGUUCAACAAUGUACAAAAUUUCUUCUGGAAGCACUAAAACAUAAUCGUGAAGCUGAAGGUCCUUUACAAACACGUUUGCUUGAAAUGAAUUUAGUAUCUGCUCCACAAGUUGCUGAUGCAAUUCUCGGAAAUCAAAUGUUUACUCAUUAUGACCGAGCCCAUGUUGCCCAACUCUGUGAAAAAGCAGGACUUCUCCAAAGAGCUUUGGAACAUUAUACAGAUUUAUAUGAUAUUAAAAGAGCAGUUGUGCAUACUCAAUUAUUGAAUCCUGAAUGGUUAAUUGGUUAUUUUGGUUCCUUGAGUGUUGAAGAUUCUUUGGAAUGUUUAAAGGCUAUGUUAACUAACAACAUAAGACAAAAUCUUCAAAUUUGUGUUAAAAUUGCCACAAAGUAUCAUGAACAAUUGACCACAAAAGCUUUGAUUGAUUUAUUCGAGUCUUUUAAAAGUUAUGAAGGCUUAUUUUAUUUUUUGGGGUCUAUUGUUAACUUCAGUCAAGAUCCAGAAGUUCAUUUUAAAUACAUUUCAGCUGCUUGUAAAACUGGACAAAUCAAAGAAGUUGAGCGAAUAUGUCGUGAAUCCACAUGUUAUAAUGCUGAAAGAGUUAAAAAUUUCUUAAAAGAAGCAAAACUUACUGAUCAAUUGCCAUUAAUUAUUGUUUGUGAUCGAUUUAAUUUUGUGCAUGAUCUUGUACUGUAUCUGUACAGAAACAAUUUGCAAAAGUAUAUUGAGAUUUAUGUACAAAAGGUGAAUCCAUCACGACUGCCUGUUGUAGUUGGUGGUCUCCUUGAUGUAGAUUGUUCAGAAGACAUAAUUAAAAAUCUUAUACAAGUUGUGAAAGGAGAAUUCUCAACAGAUGAAUUGGUUGAGGAAGUUGAAAAGCGUAAUCGUCUUAAACUGUUAUCAUCAUGGUUGGAAUUACGUGUUCAUGAUGGAAGUGAAGAGCCUGCCACUCAUAAUGCUCUUGCUAAGAUUUAUAUUGAUAGCAAUAAUAAUCCAGAAAGAUAUUUAAAAGAAAAUAAAUUCUAUGAUAGUCGAGUAGUUGGCAAGUAUUGUGAAAAACGUGAUCCACAUUUAGCAUGUGUUGCUUAUGAACGAGGGAAAUGUGAUCUAGAGUUGAUUAAUGUUUGCAAUGAAAAUAGCCUUUUUAAAUCUGAAGCUAGAUAUUUAGUGAGACGUCGUAAUCCAGAAUUGUGGUUGGAAGUUUUGAAUGAGAACAAUGUUUAUCGUCGUCCACUCAUUGAUCAGGUUGUGCAAACAGCUUUAUCUGAAACUCAAGAUCCUGAAGAUAUAUCAGUAACUGUAAAAGCUUUCAUGACUGCUGAUUUACCCAAUGAAUUAAUUGAACUACUUGAAAAAAUUGUGUUUGAUAACUCAUUAUUCAGUUCUCAUAGGAAUUUGCAAAAUCUAUUAAUAUUAACAGCUGUUAAAGCUGAUAGAACUCGUGUUAUGGAUUAUAUUAAUCGUUUGGACAAUUAUGAUGCUCCUGACAUUGCAUCAAUCGCAAUCAACAAUGAACUAUUUGAAGAAGCUUUUGCGAUAUUUAAGAAAUUCAAUGUUAAUCAAUCUGCUAUUCAAGUAUUAAUUGAUAAUGUGAAAAACCUUGAUCGUGCUUAUGAAUUUGCUGAGCGCUGCAAUGAACCAGGAGUUUGGAGCUUAUUGGCAAAAUCUCAGUUGCAAAAUAUGUUUGUCAAAGAAGCCAUUGAUUCGUUUAUUAAAGCUGAUGAUCCAAGUGCAUAUAUGGAUGUUGUUCAAACAGCACAUAAAACAGGAAGUUGGGAAGAUCUUGUGCGUUAUUUACAAAUGUCUCGCAAGAAGGCUCGUGAAUCUUAUAUUGAAAGUGAAUUAAUUUAUGCUUAUGCUAAAACAAAUCGUCUAGCUGAUCUUGAGGAAUUUAUAUCUGGACCAAAUCAUGCCGAUAUUCAAAAAAUUGGAGACAGGUGUUUUGAAGACAAAAUGUAUGAACCUGCUAAACUUUUAUACAACAACGUUUCAAAUUUUGCUCGAUUAGCUAUUACUCUUGUACAUCUUAAAGAGUAUCAAGGUGCAGUUGAUAGUGCCCGUAAAGCAAAUAGCACAAGAACAUGGAAAGAAGUUUGUUUUGCUUGUGUUGAUAAUAAUGAGUUUAGAUUAGCUCAAAUGUGUGGUCUACAUAUAGUUGUUCAUGCUGAUGAGUUAGAAGAUCUUAUUAACUACUACCAAGAUCGUGGUUAUUUUGAAGAACUUAUUAACCUUCUCGAAGCAGCAUUGGGUUUGGAACGUGCUCACAUGGGGAUGUUCACUGAAUUGGCCAUUUUAUAUUCCAAAUACAAGCCUGCUAAGAUGAAGGAACAUUUAGAACUCUUUUGGUCUCGUGUAAAUAUUCCCAAAGUUUUGAGAGCAGCAGAACAAGCUCACUUGUGGUCAGAAUUGGUGUUUUUGUAUGACAAGUAUGAAGAAUAUGAUAAUGCAGUAUUAGCAAUGAUGAAUCAUCCAACUGAAGCUUGGCGUGAGAGUCAUUUUAAAGAUAUUAUUACUAAGGUUGCUAAUUUAGAACUGUACUACAAAGCAAUACAAUUUUAUCUCGAUUAUAAACCACUUCUGCUCAAUGAUUUAUUGCUGGUAUUGACACCACGAAUGGACCACACUAGAGCUGUUGCCUAUUUUACAAAGACAAAUCAUUUGCAAUUAGUCAAAACCUAUUUGCGUUCCGUGCAAUCUUUAAAUAAUAAAGCCAUUAAUGAAGCUCUGAAUAAUUUACUAAUUAAUGAGGAAGACUAUCAAGGUUUACGAACCUCUAUUGAUGCUUUUGAUAAUUUUGACACAAUUGCACUUGCCCAAAAACUUGAAAAACAUGAACUUACUGAGUUUAGGCGUAUUGCUGCUUAUUUGUACAAAGGAAAUAAUCGGUGGAAGCAAAGUGUUGAAUUGUGCAAAAAAGACAGAUUAUACAAAGAUGCUAUGGAAUAUGCAGCAGAAUCAAAAAAUUCAGAAGUGGCUGAAGAAUUAGUGACGUGGUUCUUGGAACGUGGAAACUAUGAUUGUUUUGCUGCCGCAUUGUUCCAAUGCUAUGAUCUUGUUCAUCCAGAUAUUGUAUUGGAACUUGCAUGGAGGCACAACAUAAUGGAUUUUGCCAUGCCCUACCUUAUUCAAGUCACUAGAGAAUAUGUUGCCAAGGUAGAUAAGCUAGAAGAAGCCGAAUCAAAGCGAUUAGAAGAGCAUAAAGAAGAAGACAUCAAACCAAUGAUGAUUCCUGAACCUCAACUGAUGUUAACAGCUGGUCCAUCAGUUAUGGGCAACAUGUACUCACCGUCCUACCAAGGAGCUGUAGCCCCUUCACAGCAACCCUAUGUACAGCCCAAUACAACUCCAUACGCAACUUCAAGUACUCUACCCUAUCAGGGUUAUGGCAUGUAAUGUACCCAUUAUAUACCCCUUUCCUUUAUAGCAGUAUUUUAUAAGAAAACAAUGAUGGGUUCUGCUAUGUUCUGUUAGAAAAUUUACUGUCCUGGUAUAAAAUAUUUAUAUUUUAUAAUUAAUAAUAAAUUUAUUAAAAACCAUUCCA